AAAACAAAAUUUUGGGGGAAGAAGUACGUGUUUGCUCUCAAUUUCGACUACUCCAGUUUGAAGCCUCCGUUGGAAUCCGGCCUCGCUUCCUUCGGGUGGCAAUUUCCAACAGCGCGCUCAGAUCCAAGUUCGCUCCUUGCGCUUUCGGACGAGUCUCGCCUCCCUGCUCCUGCCUUGGACGGCGUCGGGUCGACCGAACGAAAGCUUUUUGCCCAGUUUUGGCCAAAUCGAACUCAAUGGCGCGCGAGUUGGCGGAGGAAGAGUUCGAGCCCUUGUUCGAUUACAGCAGCGUGCAGCCCAAGUUCCCUUGCCUCGAUGAUGAUGAUUCUGAUGAGGAGCCGAUUUUCAUCCCGAAACGACAGAAGGUGUCUGGAGAUGGGAAGGGCGAGAAUGAUGGCAUUCCUCAAGUGAUUUUGUGCGAUAGCAAGAAAGAAGAAAAGGAGAAGGAAGAAGAGGAUGAUUGGCUGCCCCCGCCACCCAAAUUUGACGCCAAUGUGAAGAGUAAGCUUGCUGAAGAUCCUGCACUCAAGGAAUUAAGGUUGAUGAAGCAGGAGCUUCAGGCCUUUGCGCAAUCUGCCAAUUUGUUGCAAUCUGUGGAGGAUUCUGCUCAGAAAAAGGUCUCUAGUCCAUCUCAAUCUUUGAAGGAUGCUUCUACUGAAUUACCAAAGCCUCAACAUGAAAGAGCUAAGAUAGUGAUCUCAAUACAGGACAAGGAUGGGCCCAAGCAAUUUCGUGUUUUUCUGGAUGACAAGUUUGAGCGGCUGUUCAAGUUAUAUGCAGACAGAGUCAAGCUUAACCAAGAAAAUUUAGUAUUUACGUUUGAUGGUGAGAAAAUCAGUCCAUCAGCAACCCCUUGUAGUUUGGGAAUGGAGGAUGAGGAUAUCCUUGAAGUGCAUGUGAAGUCAAGUUGAUUGAGCAUUUGAAGAAAAACAUUAAUUGAAAACGUGGAAAAAACAAACUGGUGUACAUGAUAGGUUUAUGAUGUUGAGGGAGGUUAAUGUUGGAGGUAGUAGAGGGUAUGAAUUGUGAAGCUUCUGCAAAGGCUCUGUCGGUUGUUUUUUAAAUUGAUGAAACAGAACCAACCAUGAAAUAUUGCAUCGAAUUGAUCAGACAUUGUCUUUUUCACUCCCAUCACUUACCUCAAAAGUUCUGUUAAUGUUUUUUCUUUGGUGAUGUAAUCAUCAGUUACCUCAAAAGUUGCUCGUAAGGUCAAGUUCUGAGUUGUGCAUUCUCCAAUCUCCAUGUCCAGCUUAAGUACGAAGAAUGUGCAAUUAUAAAGUU